GAGCGCUCGGCUCAACUUACUGCGCAUGUCCAUCACAACAUAGCAUGAGUGUAUGCUAGUGCUGCUUUUCAUUACUCGGUGAGACUUAAAGUUUAGUUUACGCUAACCCAACAUGCCACCGAAGGGAAAAGGUGGCAAAGGUGGUAAAGGAGGAGGUGCUUCAGGAGGUGCAGACGUUGACAAGAAAGAAAAAGCCCCGAAAGGAGGAACCUCUGUGAAGGUUCGGCAUAUCCUCUGUGAAAAACACGGAAAAUGCAUGGAGGCGAUGGAGAAACUGAAGUCUGGAGUCCGUUUCAGUGAAGUAGCAACACAAUACAGUGAAGACAAAGCUAGACAAGGAGGUGACCUGGGAUGGAUGACACGAGGAUCGAUGGUUGGACCUUUUCAGGAAGCAGCAUUUGCGCUGCCCAUCAGUUCUAUGGAUAAACCUGUCUACACGGACCCUCCUGUCAAGACAAAGUUUGGCUACCACAUCAUUAUGGUAGAGGGGAAAAAGUAACAGGGUGUAAAAUUGGGACAUGGAAGCUUUCCACUGUUCUAUGUUGUAAAGCUUCUGAUUUCCUGAUUGCAAAAUGCUUAAGAACAAGAAAAUGAAGUGAAGUGUAAUUGUUCUGACAUAUGGUCCAAUUUGCUUUGCAAUAUAAUUUCUUAAAGUCAAGUUUUAGUUCAGUCUUCACUAUGUACUAGAUUGAAAGCAUUGGAUGGAGCCUUACCACUUUGGACACCUUCAAACGUCUGACUUUCACAGUUGAAUUACUCCAUUUGGACAAUAAUAUAUGCAUUGUAUCUGAACACAAGGGUGACAGCAUUGGGAUGACAUUUAAAUCUUGGAACAGACACACAUAUCCGUAUCUGCAGCCAAAUUAUAUUGUUUCAAAAUUACAAUUUCAGCUGAAAUGUUCAGCACUGCUGUCAGGUCCAUCUUUGUGAAAUGUACACUACCAUACUGAUCAUUUAACUUGAGUUAGUAUUCUUUAAAGAUUAUUUUGUGCAUUCACAGAAUUUACAUUUUCAGUGUAAUGAAGAUUGUGGAAAUCAGUUUAAUGGUCAAAUAAAUUCAUUUUUCAUGUAGUGCAAAACA